CACGGGGUAGCAGCAAUCGGAACAUCGCUUAGCGUCCCUAAGUUCUGAAAGCCUCUUCUCCCUCCCGCCUCCAACCCGCCGACCACGCCCACCGCGCGCAUCGUCAACCACCAUGUCGGACGGCGAAUCGGAGAAGAAAACGGCUCAACUGGAGCCAGAGCUGCGCGACAUGAAGAUCGAGGAAGGCGCGCCCGCGGAGGAGGAAGGUGAGAAUGCCGACACAAUCCGGGUGAAGGUAGAAGGAAACGCAGACCGCACGCCCACGCCCCUCCACGUACUGCCACGGAUAAAUUCGCGCUCGAAAUCUCAGUCCCCCAUCAAGCAGCAAGGCUCCGGAGCUUCUUCUCCUGAUCCAGACGCGCACGAAGAGGUGCUUGGCGGAGACAUCACAUUGAAGAUGGAGCCCGGAAAGGCACCUAAGCUCUCGCGGACAGCAUCCCAGAAGGUCGUAUCACGCCCGCCGCCGCUUUAUCUCGAUCACCCAGAUGUUACCGAAGCAGCAAAACAGACCUUCGUGGUCCUCCCAGAAAACACCUACGCCAACAAGUACAUCGGCACAACCGAACAUGCCUUGGAGUGCGAUUGUUCCGAGGAGUGGGACCCCGUCGAGAGGAUUAAUCGUGCUUGUGGCGAUGAUUCUGAUUGCAUUAACCGCGCGACGAAAAUGGAGUGCGUGGGUGACUGCUCGUGCGGGAGCAAGUGCCAAAACCAGCGCUUUCAGCGGAAGCAGUAUGCCAACGUGACCGUCAUCAAGACCGACAAGAAAGGCUUCGGUUUGAGGGCGAAUGCUGAUCUGAAAGCCGGCGAUUUUGUGUUCGAGUACAUUGGCGAGAUCAUCGAUGAACGGGCGUUCCGCCGUCGCAUGGUGCAAUAUGAUGAAGAGGGCAUCAAGCACUUCUACUUCAUGUCGCUCACCAAGGGUGAAUUCGUCGAUGCGACAAAGAAAGGUAAUCUCGGCCGAUUCUGCAAUCACUCGUGCAACCCCAACUGCUUUGUGGACAAGUGGGUGGUUGGGGACAAGCUGCGCAUGGGCAUUUUUGCCGAGCGAAAAAUCAAAGCAGGCGAAGAGUUGGUCUUCAACUACAACGUCGAUCGAUAUGGCGCAGAUCCACAACCAUGUUAUUGCGGCGAACCCAACUGCACCGGUUUCAUCGGCGGGAGGACGCAGACCGAUAAUGCUACGAAAUUGUCGCAUGCCACGAUCGAGGCGCUCGGUAUUGACGAUGGCGACGGUUGGGACACCGCCGUAGCAAAAAAGCCUCGCAAGAAGAAGGUCAGCGAAGAUGAUGAGGAGUACGUCAAUGAGCUCCAACCGAAGUCUCUCGAGGAGGACGGUGUUACCAAGGUCAUGGCGGCUCUUCGUCUGUGCACGGAGAAAUGGAUUGCCGUCAAGUUGCUCGACCGCAUACAGAAGAGCAGGGAUGAGAAGGUCGGACAUCGCGUCAUUCGCAUGCACGGCUACGAAAUUCUCAAGACGACUAUCACCACCUGGAAAGAUGACACCAAUGUUGUUUUGCAAGUGCUCGACAUCCUCCACAAGCUCCCGAGGAUCACUCGCAACAAAAUCCAGGACUCCAAGAUUGAGGAAGCCAUCCAGAAAGUCAAGGACGAGUGCGACGACGAGCGCGUUGUGGACUCUGCCAACGAAUUGCUUGAGGCUUGGAGCAAGCUAGAAAUAGCUUAUCGGAUCCCGAGGAUGAAGAGGGAUCCCAACGCCAGCACACCAGUCCGGGCAGAGCACCACUUCGAGCGACGAGAGAGGGGCCGUGAGCGUUCGCGAUCACGGUCAAAGUCGCCUUCGAUAUCCGCACCAAAGGGUCCGUCCGGUGCGCCUUCUGGUGCGCCGUCAGGUCCCCGUGGUUUCAAUGCUCCGAGGGGUCCUGCUGGAUUCUUCAACCCCCCGCGCCCGCCGCAUCGGCCACGACCGCAUCCAACCCCUCUGCCUCCCGGGUGGUUCCAAGCAGCUUCUGAAAACGGAGCGACGUACUACUACAACGCCACCGGUUCCACGCAAUGGACGAGACCAACGUUGCCAGCUAACCAGCCGCCCCCGCCCCCGCCUAAGGCUAAGUCGGAUACACAGUUGCUUCAAGACAUCAUUUCGAGUAUCACCGCCAAUGUCACGCCGAGCAAUCAAGCAUCCGCAUCCACUACCCCGCAGCCUGCUACCGAAGAACUCAAAGAGAAGAAGUCGAAGGGCGAGAAGUGGCGUAGCUUGCCACAGGAUAAGCAGGAGAAGCUUUACGAAGCUAAUAUCUCGCGGCACGUCCUGACCGUAACCUCCCGCUAUCGCAAAGAGCUCGAAAAGGAUGACGUUAAGAGGUUAUCCAAGGAAGUUGCCAAGAAGCUUGUGCGAGGAGAUUACAAAUCCGGACGAGUGAGGGACCCUACGGCGCCAGUGAGCUCGAAACACGAGAAGACGAUCAGGAAUUACGUGAAGGACUUCAUGGACAAGGCCGUCAAGAAGAAGGUGGAACGCGAAAAGGAAAAGGCAGCGCGAGGAGGAAAGACGGUAGAGAGUAAGACUCCGGAGACUCCGCGGGGUGAUAUGAAAGCCGACAAGACAGAGCAGGAUGAUGACGUUCUAGGGCUGAGCGACGAUGAAGACAUGAAGACUCUUGGAGUAUCUCCGGCGGAAUCCUCUGCGACAGAUCUGAAACGGAAGAGGGAAGAGGAUGGUAGUUUGGCCUCGCCCAAGAAAACUAGGACCGAGAUGCCGCCUGCUCCUCCCCCACCGCCGCCGCCACCACUCUCGGCGGAUGACAUGCCCAUGGAUAUGGAGGAGUCUAGCCUCACGCCUUUGGAGGAUAGUGUCGACCCAACAAGCGAAGGAGACACAAAUGGCGUUGUGGUAAACGGCAGAUGGAAGCUGACACAGGACAACCUCCCGAGUCCAAUGCAGCUGGCGACGCCUCCGACGAACGGGUCCUGUGAGCACGGCGGUUACGCGAACGGAGAUGGCAACAACAAGCGUCUGAUUGCUGUGAAUGGCGGUUUAUGAUGUCGGGUGGUUCGAUUGCUUUUAUUCCGAUCUCCAGCUAUUCCUUUGGUCCUUUGUUUCGCGACAA